AAACCAUUCAUUAGACAUUGUCCUACAACUGAUAGAAAGAAACCCCAAAGAACAGUAUCACAUACCAGAGGCAGAGAACUGAUUCAGGGAGGGCAACUUCACAAACUGUUCUGUACAACUUUUAAUUACUUUAAGGUUAUAUAUUUGGCGAACAGCACUUGAUGAAAUGAGCACUUCUUUGGAAUACAAGUCCUUCUCCAAAGAACAGCAGACUAUGGAUAAUCUUGAGAAACAGCUUAUUUGUCCCAUUUGUUUGGAGAUGUUUAGCAAACCUGUGGUUAUCCUUCCAUGCCAGCACAAUCUCUGCAGAAAAUGUGCAAACGACAUCUUCCAGGCUUCUAAUCCUUACCUACCAACACGGGGUGGUACUACAGUUGCAUCUGGAGGACGAUUUCGAUGCCCUUCUUGUAGGCAUGAAGUAAUAUUGGAUAGGCAUGGUGUGUAUGGACUACAGAGGAAUUUGCUUGUGGAAAACAUAAUUGACCUAUACAAGCAAGAGUCUAUUAGGCCUGAAAGAAAAACAGAGCAACCUGUGUGUGAAGAGCAUGAGGAUGAGAAGAUUAACAUUUACUGCUUAACUUGCGAAACACCUACUUGUUCCUUGUGUAAAGUUUUUGGAGCUCAUAAGGACUGUGAAGUUGCUCCUCUUUCCAGUGUCUACCAGAGACAAAAGGCUGAACUCAGUGAUGGAAUUGCAAUACUAGUAGGAAGUAAUGACAGACUGCAAACAAUAAUAACCCAGUUAGAAGAGACUUGCAGAGCCAUUGAGGAAAACAGUAAACGACAAAAGCAGAAUUUGUGUGAAAAGUUUGAUUUUAUGUAUGCAUUAUUGGAAGAAAGGAAAAAUGAAAUGACUCAGAAGAUAACUGGAAGUCAAGAAGAAAAACUACAGCACGUUCGCGAAUUGAUGAGGAAGUAUGGAGAUAAUUUGGAGGAAAUGUCUAAAAUGGUUGAAACGGGAAUACAGUUUAUGGAUGAGCCAGAAAUAGCUAUGUUUUUGCAGAACGCCAAGCCACUGUUACAGAAAAUAAAUGAAGCUUCGAAAACAUCAAAUAUGGAGAAAGUUGAGCGUGGCUAUGAAAACAUGAAUCAAUUUACUGUCGAUUUUGAUAAAGAAAAACAAAUAGUAAGCGAGAUCGAUUUUUAUAGAGAAGAAGAAACGGAAGAAGAAGAUGAUGAAGGAGUUGAUGAAGUGGAAGAACUUGAUGAUGUCCAUACUGAACAGUCUGAAGGGGAGGAAGAUGAUGCAGGGGCUACACCUCAUCCAUCUCAGCCUGCAUCCCAGUCUGAGCCCAGCCCGCCUACUGCCACAACAGAGAAACCUGCAAGGGUUGCACCAGAUUCUGUUCCACAAGAUGAGGUUGUCAAGAAAAGCGAGCACUGGGCAGCAAGAUUGCACACUGAAGACCUGUCUAGAGAAUCAGAUGCUGGCCCCUCACUGUACCCUAGUUGGUAUAAAACUCAUACAAAACAAGCAACAAGCCCUAACCCAAGCCUAGUGAGUGACAGAAGCCAAGUUAGUGCACCAAUGGCUGUAGGGAACAGCACACAGAAGGCAUCUGAGGUCACAGCUAAUGAAAGCUCAUUGACAGGUGGUAAGGAGAGCACAUCUAGUGCAUCUACAAACCAGGCUGAAUCAGGAAAUCAACAGACCACACCAGAUCAAAAACAGGUUGCAAGCUCCGGAGGAACCAGCGAAUCACCUCGACAUGUGUUUUCUUUCUCUUGGUUAAACGCACUUAAAGAAUGAGGGGUUGAGAGUUUGUCUAUUCUUACAGGACAUCCGAGGUGUGAAUCAAAGCAGAUGCAAGGGAAAGUGGAAGGGAGGAUGUCCAUGCGAAGCACUCUGAUGAAGACUUUCUUUUAUUUAGAUUUUUUUAAACUGCAACAUACAAAUACACUUCUUUUGGAUUAAUUUAAAUGAUUUACAGUCAACACGGUCUAUGAAAAUGGUAAUGAUAUUAAAGAGAAUGUGAUUG